AUGAGUCAGUUAGAUGGAUAUCACAUGGUCAUUGUUUCAAGGUAUCUGACAACACUCCAUGAUCUUUUCAAUAUCGAGAAGAUAAACAAGAAAUACAAUGGCAAUUUGACUAAGUUCCAUGCCAAUCCGAUUCCAAUCAACAAGGACUCAAUAAAAUACUUCCCGAACAUUGAAACACUCAAUAUUUGGUCAGACUCUGCUGAAACGUUUGGCAAUGAAGUUUUUGGUCCAAAGUUAUUAAAGCCGAAGAAUAAACACACUUUCUUCCAUAUCAACGUUUGGUGCGAAGUAGAGUAUAAUCUUACUCAAACACAAACACCCGCAGAAGUCUCUUAUAAAAACAUAACUUACACUAUGGAUGAUUGUAAAAAAUAUGGCGAAUUAAUUCCAAAAACAGUGACUAAUUUGGGUUUAAGUUGCUUCAACAGUACUCAGAAAACGGCCAUUACAAUACCCAACAAUGUGACUUCACUUCAAAGAAGUUGUUUCUUCAAUGCGGUUUCUUUGGUUUCUGUUAAGCUUCCAAAGUACUUAAAAGAAGUUGGGGAGUCGUGUUGUCAUGUCUGUAAAGAUCUGACGUCGUUUGAUAUGCCAAACACAGUGACUUCUGUUGGCGCAGGUGCAUUUUUCGAGUGCAAAAAAUUGACUAUGUUGAGUUUCCCUGAUGGGGUGACUAAAAUCCCAGAACAAUGUUGCCAUAAUUGCGAAGGACUUAAAAGUGUCACUUUCCCCCCUUUCAUAAGUUCAGUGGGUUUAUUCGCUUUUGAAGAGUGUUAUUCCCUUCAAAGUGUUGAGAUCAAAAACUGCCAAUAUUGCAUUGGGAAAAUGGCGUUUUAUAAAUGCAGCAACAUCACUUCGUUGAGCAUUGGAAGGACUUUGAAAGAACUUGGAGAUGAGUGUUGCUAUAAAUGCGAGAAACUCGAGAAAGUGGAAUUGCCAAGUUCUAUCACUAGACUUGGAACUUGCUGUUUCAUGAAAUGCUCAUCUUUGGCGUCUAUUAAAUUGCCAGAAAAACUGAGUAAAGUAUCAUACAAUUGUUUCGAUGGAUGUGAAAAAUUGGAGGAAAUUGUUAUUCCAGAAGGGGUUGUUGUUUUUGAAGAGUGCGCAUUUAAAAAUUGCGUCAACUUGAAAAAAAAAUCUUUUUCGGGAUGUUCUAAUCUCGAGUUGGUUGUUCCAAGCACUGUGACAGAACUCGGAGAAAAUUGCUUCUUGGGAUGUUUAAAAGUUGAUGACAUGACAAAAAAAGAGUAA